GAAAUGGGAGCUAUCUCUUACGUGCAAUCCUAUCGUCCCUUCUCCCACAGCCUAUUGAACUUUUCCUCCAAUUUAUCGGGCGUUCAUCUCUCUCUCUCUCCAUCUCGCAUUCACCGAAAUACGCAAAUUUCCAGAUACUAUUCCCCGGCCGCGCUGGUUACACUUUCCCGAGGAGAAGUUAAAAAAACAACUCGGGUUUCUCGACCCCAUCCGAUUUCCAAUCAUUUUCUGUCACGUCCCUCGAGGCAAAUAAUCUGAGAUUGUUAUUGAUCGACGGAUUGCCAACUUCUGUUAUCAUGAUUCAGCUGUGAGCCUGUGAUUUAUACAAUUGCAAAUUUCUUGGAUAUCACCGACUCUGAUAGCUUGCGGGGGGAGGAUUCUAGCUUCGGUGAAUUAACUUUGUUUUGCGCAAAAGGUGGAGGAGAUUGAGUUGAUUUAUCGGUGAAGAUGGCGAGUCAAGGCAGUUUUUCAAGAAGAAGUCUGUCAUUUACAAAGAAGAAGAAAACCUCGGAGAAUGGAGGCCCUGAUUCUACAAGAAAGUCUCUAUCCCUUUCGCGGUCUAAGGGACUGACUGGAGAGCGUACUGUAAAACGGCUGCGGCUCUCGAAGGCACUAACAAUUCCUGAAAAUACAACUAUUCUUGAGGCUUGCCAUCGCAUGGCUGCCCGUAGAGUUGAUGCUUUAUUGCUAACUGACUCCAAUGCAUUGCUUUGUGGAAUCCUUACGGACAAGGAUAUAGCAACUAGGGUUAUCGCCUGUGAGGUUAAUCUGGAGGAGACACCUGUUUCCCAAGUUAUGACAAGAAACCCAACUUUUGUUCUCUCUGACACGCUUGCUGUUGAAGCCCUCCAAAAGAUGGUGCAAGGAAAAUUCAGACAUUUGCCAGUAGUGGAGAAUGGGGAGGUCAUAGCCCUACUUGAUAUUGCAAAGUGUUUAUAUGAUGCCAUUGCUCGUUUGGAAAGGGCAGCUGAAAAGGGAAAGGCUAUUGCUGCAGCUGUUGAGGGUGUCGAAAAACAUUGGGGGACAUCAGUUUCUGGUCCUGAUACCUUAAUUGAAACAUUGAGGGAGCGGAUGUUUAAGCCUUCCCUGUCUACGAUCAUUCCAGAGAAUUCAAAGGUUGUAACGGUUUCCCCAACAGAAACAGUAUUAGUGGCAACAAACAAGAUGCUUGAAUUUCGAUUAAGCUAUGCAGUUGUGACGAUUGAUAACAAACCACAGGGAAUUCUUACUUCAAAGGAUAUCUUGAUGCGGGUAAUAGCAGAAAAUCUUCAUCCAGAGUCCACUUUAGUAGAGAAGGUCAUGACACCGAAUCCAGAAUGUGCAAUGGUAGACACACCAAUUGUUGAUGCACUGCAUAGUAUGCAUGAUGGAAAGUUUUUGCACCUUCCUGUACUAGAUAGAGAUGGAAAUGUAGUUGCUGUUGUGGAUGUAAUACAUAUCACUCAUGCUGCUGUGGCCACAGUUGGAAGUACUGCUGGCAUAAGUAAUGAAGCCACAAGCACUAUGAUGCAAAAGUUCUGGGAUUCCGCCAUGGCCUCAAGUCACCAUGGUGAUGAGGAGGAUACACAAAGUGAAGGUUCCUUGAUAUUGGCUUCAGAAGUAACAGAGACCGAAAGAUCGCUUCCCUUUCCCUCAUCGAACCUGCCAAAUACAUUUUCUUUUAAAAUCCAAGACAAGAAGGGAAGAAUGCAUAGGUUCACUUGUGAUGUCCAGGGUUUGGCAGAUCUUAUAGCUGCAAUCCUUCAGAGGGUGGGAGAUGACAUUGAUCCCAACCACCUGCCUCAGAUUCUGUAUGAAGAUGAAGACCAUGAUAAAGUUGUCCUAGCAUCAGAUAGCGAUCUUGCUGCUGCUGUGGACCAUGCAAAGUCAGCUGGUUGGAAGGGUUUGAGAUUGCAUUUAGACUACUCGGGAACACGAGGUCGUCGGAGAGCUACCAGUUCAGGGGGUUUGGAUUAUGCCAACGAAGAUGCAUGGGCCUCUGCAUAUAGUGCUGUUGCAGCAGGAGCUGCACUUGUAGCUGGUUUAGGUGUAUUAGCAUACUUGAGAAGAUCCGGGACCUGAUUUCAAACAACACUUUCAGUCUACAAGCGAAACUCAAAAUUAGCAGAGAUGAUUUGCUCCUAAGGCUGGAGGCCAAAUUGGAACUGGUCAGGGAGUACACAUCUCGUGCUUCAUACAUUUCUUUUUUAUUUUUUUAUUUUUUUAAAAUUACCUCAUUCAAGGAAAAUCAGUAUUCUGGUGCCCUGUAUUUUAAUAAACUAGUUGCCACAUUGUUAAUUUUUUUAAUUUUAUUUUGUUUAUAACUGAA